AUGUCAAAUCCCAGGACCGACAACGAUGUCAAGACCACUACUGCCACGACCACGACCGCCUCCUCCAGCAUCUCCUUCUCCUCGAACAAAGACAACCAAAUCCACAUCCUAACAACACUACAACAUCACUUUGUCAACGAGGAAGACGCCCGUGCCACAGACGAUCCAUCCAUCGACCCGCCAUCCAACCUCAUCAAUACGUGGAAAUCCCUCAACGCGACGCUCCUCCGCCUCCACGCACGACGCAUCCUCGACGCGGCCUCCGCAUUGGGAUGGACGGCCGUCCUCGAACAGAGACCCCGUCUCGACCUGGACCUCGGACCUCUCAUCGAACAAGCCGCCCGGGCGCAGCUCUUCCGUCCACACGGCACCACUCCACCGCCUGAAAGGGGCGGGAUGGUCUCUGCGCGCGUCCGCGUCCUUGUCUCCGAGACAAGCCUUAUAACCAUCGAACUUGUUCCCAUGGGUCCGGGUUCGACGCUAGGCCCCAAACUCCGAUCCUGUAUUGAGAAUUACACCGCCAACCCGUUUGGGUCGAUGGCUUCGAGAGCGGACAUGAAUGUGCCGGUGCCGGUGCCGCCCAGUCGGGUCGUGGUGGACAGUCGGCCUACGCUGCCUUCGGUGUUUACGCGGCACAAGACGACGAGGCGGGACGUGUACGACGAGGCGAGAGGGAGGCCGGACCCGCCGUUACGGCCGACCACGUUGCCGACAGAGGGGGAGGUUCUCUUGUUCAAUCCCGCAGGGGAGAUCAUGGAGGCGUCCAUGUCGAGUGUCUAUUUUCUUCGGGACGGCCUGUGGGUGACGCCCCGGCAAGAGGCCGGCGGCAUGCAGUCUGUCACGAGAAUGUAUGCGCUGGAGAAGGGGUGGUGUGUUGAGGGGGUCGUGGUGAAGGACAGUAUGAGGCAAGGGGAGGUGAUUUGGUUGAGUAAUGCGGUUAGAGGGUUUUUCCAGGGCAGGAUAUGUCUUUAA